GUUUGUGAAUUUGUGACGAAUCUGGUGACAGAGGCAGACCACAGCUGCUGUUGUAAGGUGAACACGCCGCCGGCGUAUGUACGGCAAACAGUUUGUUUUAAAACCAGUUGGGACACACCACCGGAAACCCCUUGUUCACCUUCCGUGGCCAUUUUAGCCAGCAGCUGGUCCGCGAGCUCCUGCGGGAAGACCAGGGACUCCCGAAGACAGAGCGAGCCGUCUGCCUGUUUCACACAGAAGCGCUCGAGGUUGCAGGUCAUGUACGACAGACACAGUGACUGAAUCCUUCCACACCAAGGUCACAAGUUGGACACUCAGCACGUGGGGUUAAGUGACUGUUCUUGCCGUAGCUAAUCUUUCGUGUUAGAAAAUGGCAGGACUCAUUAACUUUGAAGACGAGAAGGAGGUGAAGCAGUUUUUAGAUAACUUGGGCGUGGAGUACACCUACCAGUGUUACCGAGAGAAGGAUCCUGAAGGAUGCCAGAGGCUGGCUGACUACCUGGAGGGUGUGAAGAAGAACUAUGAGUCCACAGCUCAGGUGCUGAAACACAACUGUGAAACCCACGGGCACGGGGAGAGCUGCUACAAGCUAGGAGCCUACCACGUCACCGGCAAAGGGGGCGUGGCGGAGUGUCUGAAGACGGCCUACUCCUGCUUCCUGCGCUCCUGCGACGCGGGGGGGAAGAAGUCCCUGGACGGCUGCCACAACGUGGGCCUGCUGGCGCUGGACGGCCGUGCCACGGACGCCGGGCCCGACCCGCAGCAGGCGCACCGCUACUACGACAAGGCCUGCGCCGGGGGCUUUGCUCCGGCAUGCUUCAACCUCAGCGCCCUGUUCAUCCAGGGCUCAAGCCUGGAGAAGGACAUGGGCCUGGCUCUCCGCUACGCCAGCAGGGCCUGCGAGCUGGGACACGUGUGGGGCUGUGCCAACGCCAGCCGCAUGUACAAACUUGGGGACGGGACGGAGAAGGAUGAGAAGAGAGCGGAGGAGCUGAAGGAGCGAGCGAGGGAGCUGCAUGGGCAGGAGAAGGAGAGACAGCUGAGGUUCGGAGAGUGACCGUGCUGUGAGACGUUCUCACUCUCCAGGAGGAACGCUGCCGUGAUGAGGCAGCUUGUGUUGGAGUGUGGCCGAUCGUGUUCAGGCCUGAUUCUUGACCUGCUGUAAAUACUUUCUAUAAAUUAUAUGUCUAAAUAAAGAAAUGAAAACAGA